AUGGCCAGCACCGGCGAAGACACCGAUGAACAUACAACAGAGGAUGCGCGGUGGACGUUGAUGGCUCCGGAUGCCGGCUGUGUGGAGGUGUGGUCGCCGCGGUCGAAUCGUUGGAAGCGCGUGCACGUGCUGGCUCGGAUGGACCUCAGGUGGAUCCGCGCCAAGGGCGACGGAGCCCUGCCAAAGGACACCAAGGCCUGGGUGGGCAAGGGGUAUAGCAUGGCGCUGGUGCGGGGCCGCACGGAGGUGAUCCACACGGAGGGGGACUGCCAGUGGGCGGUGCAGCUUGGAGAGGACAAGCAGGAGUUCAGGGCGGAGACCGCGGACGAUGCGGCACAGUGGGUGGCUGCGUUGCGGUGGCGAGUGCGGCCGUGGAUCGAUCUGCUGAACAGUCGGGUGGGCGCCGGCGUUGGACUCCAAAAUUUGCCGGAGAGAGAGCCGACGGGCUGGCCCCUCCGCGCCCAUCAGCUGGCCACUGCCCAGUCGGUUGUCGGCGUGCUGAACACCGCCGGAGCGAUCGCCAAGGACGCCCUGGGCACCCUGCCCGUCGUCGGUCCGGCCCUGUCGGUGCUGGGCUUCGCCCUCGAGGUGGCGGGAAGUGUCAAGUCCGAUGUGGAAAACCUCCAGCCGGCGCGAACGACGCUCGCGCGAGUCGCGGAGCGCACCGUGGAGACGCUGCAGCGUGCUGUGCGGGGCCGGGCAGAGAGCCGGUUUGAGGAGCUGUCAGAGUUGCUGGGUGUGAUAGAGGAGGGCGCCCGACAACUCGAGAGUUUCGAGUACCAGUCAACGGUGCAGAUGACCGUACAUGGCAUCUUCAAGGGGAAACCGGGGCCGUCUGCAGUUCUGAAGCUGGCAUCAGAGUGCGAGCUGCGGUUGUCAGCAUACGAGCAGCACGACACCAACAAGGCUGUCCAGGACAUGCCAGAUCGUUUGGAAAACACAUUAUUGCCAAGAAUGGUGUCAAGGGUAACGUCAAAGGUAGCAUCAAGGGUAGCAUCAAUUGUGCGCAAAGAGGGUACUACUCUGUCUCAUUGUCUUCCUAAUAGUGUGGAGGCAGUGGGCCAAGCUGUGCAGGUAUCCCUCAUCACGGGAAUUUUGAUGGGCAGUGAGAAUACCUACGUGGCGCUCUUGGGCAUGGGCGGGGUAGGGAAGACCACACUCGCGAGGUCGAUUGUGAAUGAUGAGCGGAUCAAAGCCAGGUUUGCAAAAGAUGAGAAAACCGGUUGUCUUGGUGUGGUGUUCAUCACAGUGUCACAGCAACCUGAUAUCUUGCAGUGUCACAAGAGAAUAUGGGAGGCUUUCGUGGGAGAAAAGGUGGAGUUUUGCAGUGUUGAAGACGGCAAGUUGCAGUUGCAAGGAAAAUUGGAAGGCAAAACGUUCCUCCUUGUGCUUGAUGAUAUGUGGAAUGUGAGGGACAUGGAGCACCUAGAUGUUGCAUCAGCAAGUGGCCGUGUGCUUGUUACUUCGCGGGAUGACAAAGUUGCCAAAGUUGUGCAUGCAAGGUGCCAUGAUGUCACUUGCUUGGACAGCAAAGAGUCACAUGAAUUGUUCUGCAAACAUGCCUUUGGUGAAGACAAGCCAAAGAGGUGGCAAUAUAAGCAUAUAGAAGCCAUUGUGGAAAAAUGUGGGGGCUUGCCACUUGCGUUGGAAAUAAUGGGGAAGGUGGCAAACAACAUCAGAGCGACGGGGGGCCGUGAGGAGAAGGACAUGUGGAAGGAUGCCGUGGAUGCCCUCACAACAAGCUCAUGGUUCCAAACAGCUGUGGCUGAUCGCGUGUUUGGUGUAAGCUUCAACAGGUUGGGCUCUGUGCAUCAGAGCGUGUUGCUCGACUUGGCAACACUGCCUGAAGACAACCGCGCCAUUGUGAGUGAUGAGGCAGAACUACAAAAAUGCCUAGGAAGAUGUGCUGAUGAGCGCAAAGUGCGACAAGUGUUGAGGGACCUUGAAGAUCUGGCGUUGAUCAAGCAAGAAGGACAAGAUACUUCGGACAUUCUGGAAUUUCAACCCAUUGCUGGUGGGGUGCACUAUUACUUGCAUGACGUUGUCCGUGAUUCUGCUCUCCAUAUUGUCGACACUGAAGAAAUGUCAAGACGGCAGAGGUUAGUGUCAUCCCAUUUGAGACACAGCAGUUGCAAGGAUCAGCCACUGACGGCAAAGAGGUUUUCUGCGAGUCAAAGAAUUGAAAUAGACCAGUCACGGGCCUUGCAGACUCUACACAUGCCUGAGUUGAAGGCUCUGGUGUUGAAAGAUGCAGGGAUAUCAGAGCUGCCACCAUCGCUCUUGGCAAGCCAUUUGUUGGCAAUUGACCUGACGUCCUCGGGCAUCGUCGAAUUGCCGUCACAAAUAUCAUGUCUGAAGUUUGCGCAGCUGCUCAGGGUGGAUUAUUGUGAAAAGUUGGCAUGUCUUCCUGUUGAAGUCGGUGAAUUGGUGCAAUUGAGAGUGCUGUCCAUGAGGGGUUGUAGAAGCAUUUGCGAAGUUCCUGCAUCCCUUGGAAAUCUGUCGCUGCUGACCAAGUUAUUGAUGCCCCAAUGUGGUGUUGCGCACUCCUGGCAUCCCGACAUGAAAGCAUGGCACAGCUUGACCAUGUUGGACUUGAGCAGGUGCACUGGCCUCAAGGAGCUGCCUCCGAAUUUCGGAGAUUUGACAAGUUUGACUGCGCUGAAUUUGGGUGGCUGUUGGCAGUUGACAAGUUUGCCUGCUAGCAUUGGUCAGUUGGGUCAGUUAGAAGUGUUGAUAUUGCACAAGUGUGACAGCCUCGUGGAACUGCCUGGCACUAUGACAAACCUUUCUAAUUUGCAAGAGUUGGAUGUCCAACGAUGUUGGCGAUUGAUGGACAUUCCUGAUGCCAUCGGGAGCACAUGGUUGGAGUUGAGGAUUCUGAGGCUCCAAAGGAAUGAACACAUGGCCUUCCCACUGUUUGUAAAGGACUUGGAAUGUUUGGAGGUGUUGGGCAUUCCACAGGAAUGCAUGAUUCCCGAAGGCCUCGAGCAGAUGCUCCAAGACCUCGACAUAUCACUGGAGCGGCAGGAAACGAAGCUGUGUGAGCACAGGAUCUAUGACUGGGACGAAUACACACCUCUUCAUUGGGGUGCAGGGUGGGGCAUGGACAAGAUGGUCGAGUUCCACUUGAGUGCGACAGAUGUGGAUCUUCAGGACAACGGGUACGGCUGGACGGCCCUCAUUAAUGCAGCAGAAAAUGACCACACGAGCACCGUGGCGCUGUUGUUGGAAAAGGGCGCAUCGGUGGACCAAGUCGACCAGGUGAGAAGGCAUUGCCUGGCUUCUUUCUCAGCAGGGCCUGCAUCUGUGCACGUGCUUGUGGUUGUCGCAGAACACGAACAUUUAGUGCCUUGGCCUGCUGGGGACUCGCGUCUGACUGCUUCUGUCCUGUUGCUUAGUGAGGGCUGUGCCGGUCACAGAUUCUGCACUCACCAUCCCUCAUUCUUGUGCGCAUCCCCCAACCGCACUGUGUACGGAUGCCCUGCGGAUGUCAGUGUUUCCUGCAGCAGUUUGGGGCUACAAGUCCUGGUGAACACCCUGAAGUGGCCACAGAUCUGUGUGUUGACCUGGUCAAGUUCUGCAACCUGUGUGCCAUUGCUCAAGGCAUUGCUGCUGAUGGUGGAACGAUCGUGUUGGGCUGUUUGUAGAUGCCAUCUUGUACUGAAAUGUAACCAGGAUGCCAGCCAUAUGCAUGUCAAGGCUUUGCGGCUGUGGUUGCUGGAUCUGAAAUGCUGA